AUGACGUUGACCGAGAAACUGUUGAUGCUGCACGGUCCACAAGAUGGACGCGCCGAGUGCAUGGACAGUCCUCGAUGUGCCUAUGUCGGAAACAUUGCUCCGGUGGAGCGCCUCGGGAUUCCGCCCGUGAACAUGAACGAUGGGCCACAAGGAUUCCGCGCACCAACCAGCUUGGCUGGCACUUCUACGGCCUGGCCAUCCGGGCUGACCAUCGCCGCCUCAUGGGACGAGGAAGCCGCCUUUGAGUGGGGACAAGGCAUGGGCAAAGAGUUUUACGACAAGGGUUCGAACGUCCAGCUUGGGCCCGGACUGAAUGUGGCACGGGUGCCGCUGAACGGCCGGAACUUUGAGUACCUUUCGGGGGAAGACCCCUACCUUGGCUACAAGCUUGUGCAGCCUGUUGUCAAAGGCAUACAGUCGCAGAAGGUCGUGGCCAAUGCCAAGCAUUUCAUUCAAAACAACCAGGAAACAAAUCGCGUUGGGGUUAGCGAGGAAGUCGAUGAGAGAACUCGGUUCGAAGUGUAUUACCCACCAUUCGAGGGUGCCGUUGAAGCUGGUGUUGGCUCUAUGAUGUGCAGUUACAACAAGAUCAACGGGGACUGGAGCUGCGAGAAUCCCAUGACGUUGCGUCAUGAUUUGAAGAAGACACUGAACUUUGAAGGCUAUGUGAUGUCCGACUGGGGUGCGACGCAUUCAAUGUCCAUCACAGAGGGAUUGGACGUGGAGCAGCCAGGUGCCUCAUGGAUGAAUUCGGCGUUUCUAACAGAAGCGCUGGAAGCCGGAACUGUGAAG